AUGAUCUAUUCUACUUUGUGCAAAGCGUUGCUGUUGAGCAGCUCGUUGGUGGGCUCUGCCGUCGCUCUACCUCGUGAAAAUGACCUGAAAGUCAGGGCUUCGGGUUCCCUUCCCAGCGGCACAUCUCUUCGCAUACUGCCUCUAGGCGACAGCAUAACCUACGGCUUCCAACAAAACCCCAUGAAUUCUUACCGCCGCUUCCUUCAAUGUUCGAUCUCGACCUCCGGUGUCCCCGUAACCUACGUCGGCUCCACCACCUCCGGCGACUGGGACAACAACAGAAACGAUGGUUACGUGAGCCAGGAGAUAACCGCCAUCGGCACCUCCGCCUCCUGGAUCCUCUCCCAGAGCCCCCCACCGAACGUCGUGCUCCUGCACGCCGGCUCCAACGACAUCCUGCACAGCGUCGAUGUCGCCAACGCACCGGCUCGCCUGGGCAAGCUCAUUGAUACCAUCAUCGAGUCCACGGGUGCGGCGGUCCUCGUGGCACAGAUCAUCCGGUUGGGCGAGGGCUACGAGGAAUUCAACCCCGCGCUGGACACGUACAACGCUGCCAUCCCCGCCAUCGUGGCAGAGCGCGCCGCGGCCGGUAAGAGCGUCGCCGUGGUGGAUAUGAGCGGUGCCGUCGACCCGAGCGAGCUGCUCGAUGGCAUCCACCCCAAGGCGGCGGGCUACAAGAAGAUGGCGGCCUUGUGGCUGGAGGGGUUGAAGGGCCUGGAGAUUAAAGAUGUCACAGGGGCGUUUGAGGAUUUGGGUGCUACCGCUGUGCCGAGUAGCGGGAACUGCGCGGAUUUGGCGGCUUAA